CCCGGGGCUCCGUUUCCUCAUGCACCGCUGCGCGAGAGGAAGCGACCAAGGCUCGACAUCGGGGAAUCCGAGAGCGGAUUCUCGGACCUCGAUCCUGCGAUCCGACCACAGCGAGACGCGAGACGUGUCACCUUAAAGGAACAGUUCGCUCCUCGGCAUCAAUUCGCUGUCAUGUCUGAUAUCCUCCACCACUCGCUCUUGGAAGGAGAUAUAGAUCGUGCAAGUAAAGCGUUUGGAUUGCUGUUGCGGACGAAGAUUGGACCGGACUACCCGGAUAUCACGGCGAACAACUACUGGGGCGUCGCGGCGGAGAUCCUCGCUCGUCGAACACGACAAUCCCAUGGGGAUUCCCAUCGGACUACCCCCAGCGACGAUGAUGACAAUGGAACGAGUGACGUUCGUCAUGAAGGGCACAGACUCGGAAACCCUGGUCUAUACACUCCAGACGGAGUCCGCAAAGCACGAGAGCUGCUUGACAUACUGAUUCUCGAAUACCCCUACCGCGUCCAGCAACCUGAUCGAGUCGACGCUCGCGACUUCUUCCAACCGAUGUUCACGCUCUGGAUCUACGAAAUCCAGCGGAGAAGUGAAAAGGCCAUCCAACCGUAUUCGGAAGAAGACGAAGGCUUCGACGCCAGAAGACGUGCCAUCAAGCUGGGGGAACUGAGGAUGGCGCGAGAACUGGCGAUGCGGAUGGACUCGACGCUGGGUACCUUUCCGUACGACCAGCAGCCGGGACUGUGGGAGCUGAGAGGGAUGGUGGCGCUGUGGGUGGGCGAUCUG